CCAGCGCGCCACCAUGGUGCGACAGCGCCCGCGGGCUUGGGUACCGCUGCAGAGGCCGAGGCGGCCGGGCAGGCACACCGGCUGAGCAGGAGCCUUCGGGGAGUGACCGCGAGCACCGCCGUCCGGAUCCCCUACUCUUAGCCCUCAAGCCUCCACCUUGGGUGCGGACGGCCACCCACCGAAAGAUGCGCGCCCCCGGCUGCCCUGGUGGCUGAGCCCGCCUCUCCGCACGCCGCCCUCGCCAUGGCUUUGCCCGGCGCCGAAGGUGCGGCCGACACGCCGGGGUCACCGGGCAGGGGUGCCCCGACCGGCUCCGCGUCGUCGUCGUCCGGCUCCUCCGGCGGCUCGGCCUCGGCCGGCCCAGGGCUGUGGGCCGCGCUCUACGAUUACGAGGCUCACGGCGAGGAUGAGCUGAGCCUGCGGCGCGGCCAGCUGGUGGAGGUGCUGUCGCAGGACUCCGCCGUCUCCGGCGACGAGGGCUGGUGGGCCGGCAAGGUGCGGCGGCGCCUGGGCAUCUUCCCAGCCAACUACGUGGCGCCGUGCCGCCCGGCCGCCCGCCCCACGCCGCCGCCCGCGCCCCCGCCGCCGCCGCCGCGGCCCGGCUCGCCCGUGCACGUCGACUUCGAGCUGCUGGAGCUCAAGGAGCUCAUAGGCGCCGGUGGUUUCGGGCAGGUGUACCGCGCCACCUGGCAAGGCCAGGAGGUGGCAGUGAAGGCGGCGCGCUGCGACCCGGAGCAAGACGCGGCAGCGGCGGCCGAGAGCGUGCGGCGGGAGGCGCGGCUCUUCUCCAUGCUGCGGCACCCCAACAUCAUCGAGCUGCGGGGCGUGUGCCUGCGGCAGCCUCACCUCUGCCUGGUGCUCGAGUUCGCCCGCGGUGGCGCGCUCAAUCGGGCACUGGCCGCUGCCAACGCCGCCCCGGAUCCCUGCACGCCUGGCCCACGCGGCGCGCGCCGCAUCCCCCCGCACGUGCUGGUCAACUGGGCUGUGCAGAUCGCACGGGGCAUGCUGUACCUGCACGAAGAGGCCGUCGUGUCCAUCCUGCACCGAGACCUCAAAUCCAGCAACAUUUUGCUGCUGGAGAAGAUAGAGCAUGAUGACAUCUGCAAUAAAACGCUGAAGAUCACGGAUUUUGGGUUAGCCAGGGAAUGGCACAGGACCACCAAGAUGAGCGCCGCGGGCACCUAUGCGUGGAUGGCCCCCGAGGUGAUCAGGUCUUCCUUGUUCUCCAAGGGAAGCGAUGUCUGGAGCUAUGGAGUGCUGCUGUGGGAACUGCUGACCGGAGAAGUCCCCUAUCGUGGCAUUGAUGGUCUCGCUGUGGCUUAUGGAGUAGCAGUCAAUAAGCUUACUUUGCCCAUUCCCUCCACCUGCCCUGAGCCGUUUGCCAAGCUCAUGAAAGAAUGCUGGGAACAAGACCCUCAUAUCCGCCCAUCAUUUGCCUUAAUUCUUGAACAGCUGACUGCUAUUGAAGGGGCAGUGAUGACUGAGAUGCCUCAGGAAUCAUUUCAUUCGAUGCAAGAUGACUGGAAACUGGAAAUUCAAGAAAUGUUUGAUGAGCUGAGAACAAAGGAAAAGGAGCUGCGGUCCAGGGAGGAGGAGCUGACGCGGGCAGCGCUGCAGCAGAAGUCACAGGAAGAGCUGCUGAGACGGCGGGAGCAGCAGCUGGCAGAGCGUGAGAUCCACGUGCUGGAGCGGGAGCUGAACAUCAUGCUCUUCCAGCUCAAUCAGGAGAAGCCAAAUGUGAAGAAGAGGAAGGGCAAGUUCAAGAGAAGUCGGUUAAAGCUCAAAGACGGACAUCGGAUCAGCUUGCCUUCAGAUUUCCAGCACAAGAUAACUGUACAGGCUUCUCCUAACCUGGACAAACGGAGGAGUUUGAACAGCAGUGGGUCCAGUCCGCCCAGCAGCCCCACGAUGCUGCCUCGGCUCCGGGCUAUCCAGCUGACCUCAGAUGAAAGCAAUAAGACCUGGGGUAGGAAUACAGUCUUUCGACAAGAAGAAUUUGAAGAUGUCAAAAGGAAUUUCAAGAAGAAAGGUUGCACAUGGGGACCAAAUUCUAUUCAAAUGAAAGAAAGAACUGAUUGCAAAGAAAGGAUCAGACCUCUCUCGGAUGGUCACAGUCCUUGGUCAACUCUUUUAAUAAAAAGUCAGAAAACCACACCUUUAGACUCACUCUUUGUGGACCAGCCAGGCGCUUGCGAGGAACCAAAACUUCCCCUUGAUGGAUUAGAACACAGGAAACCAAAGCAACUGAAGCUGCCCAGUCCUGCCUGUGUAGAUCUACCUCUUUGGAAAGAUGGUCAGAGAGAGAACCCCGUGGAGGCUGACAGCUGGGAGGAUGGCACCUGCGCCAGCACUCCUGCCGGCUCUCCUCAGGUGACUCCUACGAACAGCCUGCGGAGACCCCUGCAGAGGAAGAAGACCGAGUCAGCGUUGUUCGGCUGCACGGUGCUGCUGGCGUCCGUGGCCCUGGGACUGGACAUCAGAGAGCUCCACAGAGCACCGGCUGCUGAGGACCCGUUGCCCAAAGAAGAAAAGAAAAAGCGAGAGGGACUCUUCCAGCGGGCAACCAAGGCCCGCAGAAGUGCCAGCCCACCCCCAAGGCUGCCGGCUGCAGGCUGGGAGGCCGGCGGUGUGCCCUCUUUCUCGCCACCCACUGCCACGAACCUUUUCCCUGUGUCCUCUCUCUCCACCAAGUGCUUGCUGCAGCCUGAGGGGGAAGAUCUGUUUGUGGACAGAUCCCCAACAUGCCACCCUGAGAUACCCACUCCAGGCAUUCCCAGAAGUAACCACAAGGUGGCUCCUGUGCCAGGCCUUGUGACUGAUCAGAGUGUGUUGAAAUCCCUGCCUCCUCCUGUGUUGGGGCAGACACGUGGGAAUGUGCCUUAUUUUCCUUCAAAAGACAGAGGCUCUUGUCACAGGAGGACCAGGUCGGAGGGAAACCCACUGCACCCCCCAUCCAGUGCUGUGAUUAUCUCAGCCCCUGGAGUCUUGGAACUGCCGCCACACUCCUCCCCGGGCCCUCCAGCAGCCCCUCUAAGCCGAAUCUCCUCACCUGAGAGACACUGUACUGCCGCUGGGCUGCCUCCUCGCCUGAGAGACACAGAGCCCAGCCCUGCUUCGCCUGGAGGCCUAGCAGGUGCACCACAGGCUUGCUCACAGAGGACAGGGGUGCCACCCACACGGGAACCUGCGAGACUGGGCCCUGUGUGUUUCCUCGAUGACAGCGCGAGAACUAAACUGCCUAUGCCUUGUUUUGUGCCUUCCCUACUGGACGCUGACGUAGAGGGCCAGAGCAGGGACUGCACUGUGCCUCUGUGCAGAAUGAACAGCAGACCCCAGCGACCGUCCAUCUAUGAACUGGAGCAAGAGUUUCUGUCCUAA